UAUGAAGAUAUUGUUUUGACAUAUUCUUUAACAGAUUUUAAAUCACAUUUUCGAGUAGAAAAGCGUACAUACGAAAGAUUGGUACAAGAUCUUGGACAACGUUUGUAUCGUGAUGAAAAAAUGUCUCCUGGAAAGCAAAUAGCAAUUACUUUAUGGUUCUUUGGUAAUCGGGAAGUUUAUAGAUCAGUUGCGGAUCGAUUUGGAGUAUCCAAAGAUACUGUUUGGAAUUGUGUAUUUGAGGUAGCAUUACUACUAACUGAAGAUGCCCAUAGAUAUAUAAAAUGGCCUGAACUUCAUCAAAUGGCUCUCUUUGAAAGAGAAUUUCGUCAAUUACAUGGUUUUCCUGGAGUAAUUGGUGCAAUUGAUGGCUCUCAUAUAUCAAUAAGUGCACCUAUAGAAAAUCCUGAAAAUUACAUUAAUUGUAAAGGGUUCAAUAAUAUUACAAGGAAUUUGUGAUUAUAAAUUUAGAUUUAUAGAUGUUUUUACGGGUAUAUGCGGUAGUGUUCACGAUGCAAGAGUUUGGCGUUUAAGCGACAUUAGAACAUUAAUAGUACAAGAUGAAAAUAGGUAUUUUCAAAAUCAAUAUCAUCUUUUGGCAGAUUCAGCAUAUCCUUUAUCAAAUUAUAUGUUAACUCCAUAUCGAGAUAAUGAUCACUUAACUAAUGUACAAAGACGAUUUAACACAAAACUCUCAAGAACACGUGUAGUCAUCGAAUGUGCUUUUGGCAUGUUAAAAGGAAGGUUUAGAAAAUUGAAGUAUAUUUAUAUGUAUAAUACAGAAAUGAUACCCUUAGUUAUUCUUACCUCUUGCAUCUUACAUAAUAUAUGCAUAGAAAAUGAUGAUGAAUUUAUUUAUGACGACGCAUUUGAUGAAGUAGAGGUACAAGAUAACAUUGUAUUUAUGAAUGGAGCAGAAAAAAGAGAUAUUAUCUCUCACAUGUUGUAAAAUUGUUUUUAUAAUAGAAAUCUUUAUUGUAAUACGUAUUAAUAUAUACGAAAGCAUUAUAUUGAACAUUGACAUGUUGUUAAAUAAAAGUCGUUAUA